UUUUUCAGAAACGCAAGCAAUGACGAUAAACCAGUCAAUCCAAGUGGGCUUCAAAAACCCCAAAAACCCGGAAAUGGAAGCGUCGGCACAACUGACGGUGGACUAUUCGGUGUAGAAAAUAUGAUCGAAAAUAAAAGGAAAGGAAAAACGGUUGGCAAUAAUAAUGUAAUUGACGAUAUAAAAAUGGACGGUAAACUUGAUAAAACUAAGGCAACCCCUUCGGUAUUAACAACAAAUUGGAGUGAUAAUUUGGAGAAACACCAAAAUGUUGCAAGCGACUCGAGUGAAGAAAGCGCAGAGAGUAACGAAAGCUCACAGAGUGACAGCUCAGAGAGCGAGGAAAAAUUAAAUACAUUUAAUAAACAGGGAAAAGGGAAUUUUCAACAUUUUCCAACGAAUCCGCAGCAAAAUUUGAAUGAAUACAACAGGUACGACAUGGCAGAUGGCAGGUACGGGAAUAUGUAUGGAAAUAAAAACUACGGCUACAACGACGAGAGGUAUCCACAACCACACGGACCGCAACAUCCACCACCACGACAUUUUGGCAGUUAUCAACAGUCAUUCGGGGGUCCACCACCACCACCACCACCACCACGUUCGCCGUUUACAAAUAACUUUCCAUCAUAUCGGAGUUCACCACCACCUAUGCAAUCAAACGGAUGGUAUAACCGAAACAGCUAUGGUUCGAGUUGGCAAGAUACCGGAGACUUGAGAAACCAAGAAAAUAUAAAAAGUUUUAACGGAAACCAGCGAAUCAGACCCAACAAUAUUAUGAUGGACGGGAACAAAUCUAAAUUUGAUCAAAACCAAAAACAGUCACCACCAAAUAGCCGAAUGCAACCGUACAACUCUAUUAAUCGUAACACUCCAUACAACGGACAUAAUAACUAUGACAAUGACAAUUAUUUUACUGGCAAUGGCAUGAAUUCACGACAGGAACACUGGACGAACGGAUUGAACAAUCACAGUAACAAUCAACCUAAAAAGAAUCAAUAUCCAAACAACCAGGAUAAAAACACUAUCAAUCAAUAUGGUGAUCUAGUUGGACCAUUAACAAGUAAAGGUCAUGGCGGAGUAGUAAAUUCUAACGAUAAUGGAAUCAAGCCCAACGAAAAAAAAGUUACAGGAGUUAAAGCAAACGAAGGAAUCAAUCAUUUAAAAGAAACAGGAAAUCAUAUUUUAGAAAAUAAUUUAAACCACGGUCAAGGUUUUACAGCAUCGGGUAAUAAGUCAAGAAAGAACACAAACCCAAAUCAAAAAACUAAUGAGAUGGAUCAAUAUGGAAAUCUAAACUCAUUAAAGACAAACAACAAUAACAACACAUAUUCGAAUAAACCAGGAAGCAAUAAACCCGCAACUGGUGGUGUACCAUAUGGAAAGAUGUAUCAUGACGAAGAACUUCCAGGGGAUGUAACAGGAAUGGGAAAUAUAGCUGGCAAGAGUGGCAAAGGAAUCAAAACCGGCGGUCCAAAUGGUAUAGAAAUGAGUAAGAAUGGAAUUCGACUUAACGGUCCAAACGGAGGGAUUACUGUUGGAGCUUAACAAAAAUGGCGUUUCAUUAGAGUAUUAGUAAACGAAAAACUGUAAUUUAAUAAUAGUUGGCAAGGUUAACGAAAGUACAAGCCAAAUCACUAUUUAGAUUUUAGAUCAAUAGACGAUAAUAAAUAUUGGAUUACCUAUUUUUAAUUCUUCAAUAUAUCUAUACAUAUUAUUAUCCAUCAUAUUAUUACCAAUCUUAGAAAUUUAAUGUAAUUUACAUUAAAAUUGUAUUAUUUUAUAAAAUAAACCUUGAUGACAAAUAUAAUUAUAUAUUAUUGCAUAA